AACUCGAGCACCGGCGAUCUGCUCGCUGGGAAACAGAACGUCGCCGAAGUCGUCGUCAUUGCCGUCGUGGCAGGGAUGUUCAGUCUUAUCACCGUGGUCGGCAACAUACUCGUGAUGCUCUCCUUCAGGGUCUGCAGGCAGCUCAAGACGGUGAGCAACUACUUCCUGCUGAGCCUCGCCGCUGCCGACCUCAUCGUCGGCCUUUUCUCCAUGAACCUGUACACCGCUUACAUUUUGACGGGCCGCUGGGCGAUGGGCACGGUCAUGUGCGACCUGUGGCUGACUCUGGACUACGUGGCCAGCAACGCUUCCGUCAUGAAUUUGCUGGUGAUCAGCUUCGACCGGUACUUUUCCAUCACUCGACCUCUGAAGUACAAAGCCAAGCGGACGAAGAGGAGGGCCUCCGUUUUGAUCGGCCUGGCCUGGACGGUAUCGUUCGUCCUCUGGGCACCGGCUAUUUUGUUCUGGCAGUACAUGGUCGGCAAAAGGACGGUGCCGGAGGAUCAGUGCUACAUACAGUUUCUCUCCGAGCCCAUAAUCACGUUUGGUACAGCCAUAGCUGCCUUUUACCUGCCCAUCACCAUCAUCAUGGUUCUCAACUGGAGGAUCUACAGGGAGACACGGCGGCAAUCAAGGCAGUUUGCGACUCUGCAGGGCUCCGAGUCCAAGUCCAGGAGCCACGUGCCGACAGGGACACGAGGAUGCUUGACCUUUCUGAGCGACGAUGAUUGCGACGACGAUUACGACGAAGAUUGCGGUGCCAGGGCUCACGACGGAAUCCACUCCCCGGCAAGCAAAACGUCGCAGGGCACUCAGCCAUGGAAAUGCAGCUUGCAGAGCUGUGAGGGACACGUUGAGACGAUGCACGAGGAGGAGGCUGCGUCGCUGGGGUGCGCGGUCAGCUCCGAUGACGAGCAGGAGCCUGCGAACGUGCGGGUGGACUUCUGCGCCAAGCCAGCUGCCGCAGCAACAAUUGGAAGCUCUCCACGGCCUUCUGCUCCAUCUGACGUCCGCGAUGACCCCAUGGCAGCGGCCGCUUCACUCGCGAGCAACGACGGUGAAACUGACGCCGAGCCGCAGCACGGACGGAUUAACUCAACAGGAAGAGAACGCGACCUUGGAGAAAGCAAUUGUGCGACGCUUGUCGAUACGUGUAUCGAGGAGACCCUCCAGCAACGGGACGCCGAGAGAGAACCGCCAUGUGAGGACAAGUCUGCUGCAGACGAGAUGGUUCUGAAAGGACGAUCAGACAGAAGGUGCAAAGGAGGGAAGGCGCCCAGCAGCACGGCGAGGAGACACUGCAGCCUGCUCGCCAAGGACAAGAAGGUCGUCAGGAUCCUGUGCGCGAUAUUGCUGGCGUUCAUUGUGACGUGGACUCCGUACAACAUCAUGGUGCUCGUCUCAACGUUUUGCGACGACUGCGUCCCGAAGAAGUUGUGGCACUUGGGAUACUGGCUUUGCUACGUCAACAGCACGGUCAACCCGAUGUGUUACGCGCUGUGCAACAUGCACUUCCGCAAGACGUUUAAAACGAUUUUGUUGUGCAAGUGGAAUGCUGUCACGUAG